AUGCCCCGUCGGAAGAGCCGUUAUGUGCUCCUCAUCGCCUUCGUUAUGGCCUUCAUGCUGUACCAGUUUUUUAAGACUCCCGAAUGGGAUGCAGCAGGCUACGCUGUCAGCAUCAAGCCCAGCGAUCCCGAGAAGGCCCAAAAUGCCAACAAGGAGCCCGCCAAGCCCCCCACGACUAACGACAACACACAUCUGAACAAUAAUCCGCCUCCCGAUCACGAGCACCCGCACGACGAGGAAGAGGACGAACCCGAACAGAACCCGCAAAAGCAGACGGCCAGGCCGACGGUCAAGAUACCCCAGAUUAAGACCGACAAGGUGAAGCCUGCCGCUCCUACCGAGGCGCUGUCUGGCCCUACGCUGUCUAUUCAUGCGCCCAACGAGGCCGUUGAAGCCACGAAGAAGCCCGACGUCACCAAAGCACCGACGAAACCCCUCGAAGAUGACAUCCACGCCAAGAAUCCUCCCGGUCGACCCGGCCUUGACCGUUUGGACAGCGAAUUGACAUCCACCUCACAAAUUCACUGGCACAAAGUCUCCGAGCAUUUCCCGGUUCCCACGGACGAGAUUAUCCGUCUCCCGACCGGUAAACCCAAGGACAUUCCCAAGGUACAAUACGCGUUCAAGCCAGAGUCGGACUCUGCCAAGGAGAAGCGCGAAAGCCGCCUGGCGCUGAUCAAGGCUGAAAUGGAGCGCUCCUGGGCAGGGUACCGGAAGUUUGCCUGGAUGCACGAUGAGCUUUCCCCCGUCAGCGGCCGCUUCCGCGAUCCUUUCUGCGGCUGGGCCGCCACUCUGGUCGACGGUCUCGACACUCUUUGGAUUAUGGGCAUGAAAGAGGAAUUCGAUGCGGCCGCCAAGGCUGUCAAGGACAUCGACUUUACCUAUAGCCCGACACGCCGCGAUAUCCCAGUUUUCGAAACCAUCAUCAGGUACCUAGGCGGUUUGCUUGCCGCCUACGAUGUGAGUGGCGGUAAGGAGGGCGAUUACAAACUCCUUCUGGACAAGGCCGUCGAGCUCGCCGAGAUCUUGAUGGGCGUUUUCGACACGCCCAACCGCAUGCCCAUUCUGUACUACAAUUGGCAACCCCAGUACGCAUCCCAGCCGCACCGUGCUACGACUGUCAGUGUGGCCGAGCUGGGUUCAAUGAGCAUGGAGUUCACCCGACUUGCGCAGUUAACCGGCGAGGAUAAGUAUUACGAUGCCAUUGCGCGCAUCACCGAUGCUUUUGAGGACCUUCAGAACCGCGGUACCACCAUCAACGGCAUUUUCCCUGAGCAGCUUGAUGCUUCCGGCUGCAACAGAACUGCCGAGGCGAUCAUGUUUCAAGAGGAGCAAGCUGCGGCUGCGAGUGCUAGUGCCGCUGCUGCCCGUCUCGGCGAACCCAAGGGACACGAACCAGCGGGUAACGGUCGCGAGCCGGACGAGGUCAGCUUACUUGCGAAACGGGCCGUUGGGGUUGACGACGAUGGCGAACCUGUGGUGGGAAAUGCCAAUGACGCCGACGAGAAGCAGACUAUCCCUGAUCUCAAGGUGAACGAGAAAAAGUCCAGAUCUCCCGGUAACAGUGAUCGCAGCCCAUCUCCCACCACGCCGGACAAGUCCUCGUGGGAGUGCAUCAAGCAGGGUCUGGCCCCUGGUGGCUGGGGCUACCAGCAAUAUAGCAUGGGUGGAAGCCAAGAUUCCACCUAUGAGUACUUCCCGAAGGAAUACCUCGUGCUUGGCGGCCUUGAGCCCAAGUACAAGACGAUGCACAUCAAGACUGUUGAGGCUGUCAAGAAGUGGCUCCUCUAUCGGCCCAUGGUACCCAAGGAGAGAGAUAUUCUUUUCUCAGCAAAGGUGUCGACAUCUGGCGACCCGGAGAAUGAUCUACAGACCGAAUACGAAGUGACGCAUCUCACCUGCUUUAUUGGUGGCAUGUUUGGCCUCGGAGGCAAGAUCUUUGACCGGCCAGAGGACAUCGAAAUAGCCAAGAAACUCGCCGAUGGCUGCGUCUGGGCGUAUGAAUCGAUGCCUUCUGGUAUUAUGCCCGAGGGUGCUACUGUCGUACCCUGUGCUUCUACGCAGAGCUGCCCUUGGAAUGAGACCCUUUGGUGGAAGCAUCUUGACCCGUCGGCUGAUUGGCGCCAGUCGCAGGUCAAGGCUUGGGAGGAGAGACAGAGUGAGAAGAAGAAGAAGAAGAAGCAGCAGCAGCAGCAGCAGCAGCAGCAGGACGAGCUCCGCAAGCAGUCCGUAGAAAGAGGCAAGACCGACCUGACCAGCAGCGACUCCACUAAGGAGUCUAUCGAGAAAGAAAAUGCGCCGGAGAAGAAGAACCCGCUCGCGGACAUCCACGUUCCCAAGGACGAGCCAAAGAACCUAGGAUCGGCCAAGAAGACCAAGUACCCCGCCCCCGAGCCCGGCCUCAACAAGUCGCCCUCGAACGUCGAUGAGCAUUUGCUGAAGAAGCGGGAUCCCGCCCCACCCACGUCCCGAGACCCUCGCCAGGAUUCUGCCGAAGAUGCUGCCAGUAACUCACUGAAGAACAAGCUUGACUUGAACAGCGCCGAAGAUACGGACAGCGGGUCCAAGGAUGCGUCGGUCAGCGGUGGUAUCGUAGGCAAGAUCAGGAUCGAGGAGGCGGAAGAGGUCGCCGACCCGAAGCCGCAGUCGCACGAGGAGUACGUCAAGGAGAAACUCGAGCUUGAGAAGAUCCCGCCUGGCUUUGUCAGCAUCAAUGCCAGGCGCUACAUCCUUCGGUAA